AGGGUGCUUACAACCGGAAACUGACAUGUAGAGCAAAAUAUCAGAGUUCCUCGGCUCCGUCUCACGAGGCUGCCUUUCCGUACCAUCACAUAGGAAGUGUUGCCUAGUUAGUGUUAUGUUCAGCGUACACGUUUGGACGUUUGGAAGAAGCACGUUAUUUUAGCUUGAGAACAAGUUGUACGCCGCUGAAGUUGACCCAAGCUGUUGACGUUGGAGGCUGGAAUGCCAGUCGGGGCCACAGUGCCUCUGUUCACGCUCCUGUUUGCAUAGCUAAGAGCUAGUUAGUAAGCCAGCCAUCAUCGAACCGUGCUGUUUGCUGGCAGUUUCUGGAGGAAUCUCAGUUCAAGGGAUCAGCAUGGAUGUGCUGUGGAUGAUGCCGCUGCUGCUGGUCCCGCUUCUGUUGUGGACCAGCAGCACAUUUGUAUUUUAUUUCAAAAAGUGUUUCUACGUGGCCUGGAUGAUGUGCUUGGGGCUGAUCGGGAUUCCACUCAGCAUUCUCAAAAGCGGCGGGAGAGACAUUGAGAAUAUGAGGGUGAUCCGCUUCCUGGUUCGCCACGUGAAGUACUUCCUGGGUCUGAGGUUUGAAGUGAGCGGCUUGGAGCACCUGCAGACAGCGGGGCCCUAUGUCAUCAUCUCCAACCACCAGAGCUCCCUGGAUGUGCUGGGCCUGAUGGAGAUCCUCCCUGACCGCUGCACCAUGGUGGCCAAGAAGGAGCUGGUCUAUGCAGGCACCGUGGGGAUCAUCUGCUGGCUGGGCGGCAUCGUCUUCAUCAACCGGCAGAAAACCCACGACGCCAAGACUGUCAUGGCGGGCGCGGCCAAGACCAUGCUCGAUGACCAGAUCCGCUUGUGGGUGUUCCCCGAAGGCACAAGAAACCAGAGAGGAGACCUCCUGCCAUUCAAGAAGGGAGCUUUCCAUCUGGCCAUACAGGCACAGGUUCCCGUAAUCCCGAUAGUCUUCUCGUCGUACAGCAACUUCUACCUACGGAAAGAGAAGCAGUUCAAAUCAGGCACCAUCACCCUGAAGAUCCUCCCCAAGAUCGAGACCAAGGGGAUGACGUCGGACGACGUGUCGCCCCUCUGCGACAAGUCCUACGACCUGAUGCGCUCCGCCUUCCUGGACAUUUCCGCCCCCGUAACCCAGAGCAACGGGCCCACACGCCACUGAACAUUGAAAAACAUUGAAACCUGCUUCAUCUCUGACCUUCUUCCAGACAAACACCCUGGCCAGCCCCCCCCCGUACCCCCUCUGCAUUGCCACGGUUACCUGCCCAGGUACCCCAUAAGUACAACAGUUGUCCGUCGUAAAACGUGCUCGCUCGUUUCUGCUUCUGGCCCCGAGUUGUGGUCCAAGUCAACCCUGGUCCCAGUCCUCGCCCCCCUGAGCCCCCCCCCUCCACCAUAUCGGAACAACCGCAGACGCCCCCCCCUGCGAUGAGACGGCGGCGAGGCAGGGUGAAGACGAGGCUGGUCACAGAACCGUUCCGGAAGUGUGUUCAUCCCGCAUGCCUUUCAGAUAGCUCAGCCCGCCACGGUCCACUAGCUGUUUUCAUCUCUGCCUCAGUCAUCUCCGAGUUGUUUUUUUUUUUUUUUUUUUUUUGGCUGUGGCAUGUU